AUGACGGCCGCACCCCCGGUGCCUCACUCCGUGCCCGACGGUGUCAAUGGCGGCCACUUGCGCUAUCAUCCCAUCGCCAUGAAUCCUAAUCCGCCUCCUCAUCCACAAAUGCCGCCUCCAGAUCAGAUGGUACAAAAUCAUCACUUUCGUUACUUCCGUCCACCGCAGGCGAUGCAUGAUGGACAUGGCCCUCAAGGUCCGCCGGGACCCCCACCGGUGCCGCAGCACAACCCUACUUCCCUGGAACAGAUUGAAGCUCGUCUGCGACAGUUGGAACACGAGGAAAUGAAUCGGAUGGCAACACGCAGCCAUAUUCUCGCAGCUCGCAAACGGGAGGAUGAGGAAUUUCGCAGAUUAACUGAAGGUGCCGAGGCCGAGGAAGAGGAUCUUCGAAGAGAAAGAAAGAAAAUUAAGAGAGAAUCGAUGGGAUUAGGGCCUAAUGCGGCCGCUGAAUCACCACCAUUGCGUCCAACACCACCACGCCGGCUCUCCGAGACCAGCGCGGCCACGACUUUGGCCUUCUUCAAGCAGCAAAGUCCCCCCCGAGCCUCGUCAGGUUCCUCUUCCGCCAUCUGCAUCGCAGACGCCAGUUCCUCCUCCUACUAUGCCCCCUCCUACUCACAUGCACCAGCCCCAACCCCACCCUCAUCCUCAUCAUACUCCUCCCCAUCAUCAUGCUCAUCCUCACCACGCCCCCCCUCCUCCACCAUCCCACCAACAUCAACAUCAACACCACAUCCAACACCAACAACCUCAGAGGCCCUCAACGCCGGAUCAAUCCGCCGCAAGCAAAAAUACACCAUCAAGAACGUGGAAGCAUGGGGCGAGCGCCACGGUCGACCCGCCGCACACGAUCCAUCCGGUCGUGCCCUUUGGAAACGGCCAUCUGAUGGCAGUUUGGUCUACCUGACCUGUCCAAUUGAUGGAUGUGGAAAGAGUGACUUUGUCACACUCCACGGUUUCAUGUGCCAUUUGACAAAGAAACACAAAGACCGUACAUUGGGUAGCCAGUCACGAGCCCUUGAACUCUGCGGCAUCGUCUACGACCCCAACGCGCCCCUCCCACCCGUGACAGCUUCCAACCGGGGUUCAAUGGAGGAUAGUCCCGCCGCAAUGGACCGUGAUAUAGACCCCGAGGAUGCGGAUCUGGAAUCCGAGUCUGAGAUGGACGAAUCUCACGAUGAAUAUCGUGUCAAGAUGGAAGCCACAGAUCGCUCUAUGCCCGACUCGGAGGAUACACCCGCCCGCGAAGAACCUUCUCCAAUUCCCAAACACAUGCUCAAUGGAUCAACGAAGCAAUCGAUUCACUCAAUCAUCGACCGUACUCCUGAAUCCGAGCCCCGUGAGGCUCUCGCUUCCCUGCCUCCCUCUGAGCCGACCUCGCAAGGCCCUACGCCUAUUCCUGAAUCGACCGUCCCUGCGAAGCGCAAAUAUGAGCUCUCUCCGCCUGCAUCGGAGAAGGAAAACACCGAGCCUAACCAAGCAUCGACAGUUGAGUGA